AUGGACGACUUCACCUUCGAUUGCUGGAAGCCAGUGCUGAGAGACACGACAGAGGAACCAUCGAAGGGCAUUUUGCUGAAAGACCUCGUCACGGAUCCCCGAAUUUCAAGCGUGGAAGUGACGCAAAGCUCAAACGGCGAAAUUCAAUUGAUCAUCCUGGGAAAUAUUUGGGGUGACAAGUUCAGACUGGAAUUCUUCCACGUGGGAGAUGAUCGGAAGCUUUUGGCUCAUGCCAACCCAGGAAACAAUCACAUCUUCUGUUCAACAGACACAAUGGUGGUCCUGACAGCAAGUGUUGUUGCAGGAACAGUUGCUGUAGUGGCAACAGGUGGCGCUGCUUUGCCAGCAGUGGCAGCUGGAGUUCAGUUAGGCACAACUGUGGGAGGCGCUGGUGCUGUUGCCAGUGCUGCUUCUGGUGCAGCCUCAGGGGCAGCCAUGACUGCUACAGCUGCAGGUGUUUUGAGUGGCCCAGUAGGUUGGGCCGUUCUGGGCAGUGAGCUGAAGGGGGACACCAUUGAUGGUACCACCACUUAUGACUGUUGGAAGAGGGUCAUGAGGGAAGCUUCAGAAGAGCCUUCUCAAGGAAUGCUACUCAGAGAUGUCGCCACUGAUCCCAGGAUAUCUGGGAUGCAUUGUUUACCAGAUAAUGGUGAUGUUCAACAGCUGGUGAUUGAAAACAUCUGGGGUGAAAAUUUCAAGAUUGAGUUUUUCAAGGUCAAUGGUGAUGAGAGGCUUCUUGCUCAUGCCACCCAGGCUUACUAGUUUUUUUCAGCACAAACUUAUUUUUUUGGGGGGUUUAAAUUCAUGAACGCAAAGGCAUUGAAAAAGGGGACAUUGACCAACAGCUUUGUGGAAUUUUUGCAAGAAGAGUUUUCCAUUCAAAGAAGAAAAGAAAAUUAAUUUUCAGCUUUCAUGGUGGUUUGAAUUUGUCAUCUC